AUGGAGGCCGGGAAGUUCUUGGGAUUCAUGAUCACCCAAAGGGGAGUAGAGGCCAACCCAGAGAAGUGUCAAGCGAUUCUUCAGAUGAAGAGCCCGGGUUGUAUCAAAGACGUCCAACGUUUGGCGGGAAGGCUAACGGUAUUAUCCCGCUUCCUCGGCGCAUCGGCAGCAAAAGCCUUACCCUUCUUUAACCUGAUGAAAAAGGGGAUAGCAUUUGAAUGGACCCCAGCGUGUGAGGAAGCAUUCAACCACUUCAAGGCAAUCCUGGUGACACCCCCAGUGCUCGGGAAGCCCAAGGCCGGAGAACCACUCUAUCUCUACUUAGCAGUAACAGAGGAAGCGCUUACAGCAGUGCUCGUACGAGAAGAAGGGAAAUCUCAGCAACCGAUUUACUUCGUAAGCAGGGCUCUACAAGGAGCAGAGCUGAGGUAUAGCAAAUUGGAAAAACUGGUGCUCACACUCCUGACCUCCUCCCGUAGGUUGAGACAAUACUUCCAGGGACACCGUGUAGUCGUGAGGACGGACCAAGCAAUUCGCCAAGUACUCCAAAAACCUGAUUUGGCUGGGAGGAUGAUGACUUGGGCCAUUGAGCUCUCCCAAUAUGACUUCCAAUAUGAGCCCCGACAUGCGAUCAAGGCGCAGGCGAUGGCAGAUUUCUUGGUAGAGGUAACGGGUGAUCCCCCCGAGGAAACGGGCACACGGUGGAGGCUCCACGUAGACGGUGCCUCCAACCAAACGUCCGGGGGAGCCGGGGUCAUCUUAGAGAGCCCGGAGGGAGUCAUUUACGAGCAAUCGACCAAGUUCGAAUUCCCCGUGUCGAACAAUCAAGCGGAAUAUAAAGCCCUCUUAGGUGGACUAACACUAGCUCGGGAAGUCGGGGCAACAAGGCUGGAAGUAUGCAGCGACUCACAAGUUGUCGCCUCGCAAGUAAACGGAAGCUAUCAAGCCAGGGACCACCUCCUACAAAAAUAUUUGGAAAAGGUUAGAGAAUUGACAAGGCAGUUCCAAGAGGUCACAGUCCAACACGUCCCAAGAGAAAGGAACACACGGGCAGACCUCCUAUCUAAACUAGCGAGCACGAAGCCAGGAACGGACAACCGGUCUCUCAUCCAGGGCAUGGUGAAGGAACCAACGGUUGCCCUCCAUUUGACGGAGUCAAGCCCCUCCUGGUUGGACCUCAUCACAAACUUCCUGGAACACGGCAAGUUACCUGACGAUGAGAAAGCAACCAAAACGUUGAGAAGGGAGGCAGCCAGAUACGCAAUCAUACAAGGGCAACUGUUCAGAAAGGGGCUCAGCCAACCCCUAUUGAAGUGCUUACAUCCCGACCAGACGGACUAUGUCAUCAUUUCGGACAAUGGGACGCAGUUCACUGAUAAGAAGUUCACGGAAUUCCUCACCGGCCUGGGCAAAAAACAAAAGUUUUCCUCAGUAGAACAUCUCCAGACAAAUGGACAAGUGGAGUCCGCAAACAAAGUCAUCCUACUAGGCCUCAAGAAACGCUUAGACAGCAAGAAAGGCGCAUGGGCCGACGAGCUCGCUUCGGUCCUCUGGUCCUACCGGACAACUGAGCAAAGCUCCACCGGGAAAACCCCCUUCCGACUAACGUACGGGGUCGAUGCAGUGAUACCCGUGGAAAUUGGCGAACCGAGUCCACGGUUACUUCUCGCAGGAGUAGACGAAGCGGUGGAAAAGGACCUGGUGGAAGAGACCAGAGAGAUGGCCUACUUGUCAGAAACAGCAUUAAAACAAAGAAUAGCUCUGCGCUACAACACUAAAGUCCUCAGGAGGGAUUUUGAGGAAAGAGACCUCGUCCUACGAUGCAACGACGCCGGUUUACCGACCUCAGGAGAAGGAAAACUGGCGGCAAAUUGGGAAGGUCCCUACAGAAUCAAAGAAGUGCUCGGUAAAGGCGCCUACAAGCUGGAAAGACUCGACGGCAGGGAGAUCCCGAGAACAUGGAACGCAGGUAACCUGAGGAGAUUCUAUUCGUAG